AUGCUUAAAUCUCUCACUGACUUUGAGUUGAGUCAUAAUAAUUUCUCUGGUUCAAUCCCUGCUUCCAUAGGAAACUUGACCAGCCUAUCCACUCUCUACCUUUAUGGAAAUAUGUUUUCUGGGUCCAUACCUCAAGAGAUAGGGAUGCUUAAAUCUCUCACUGACUUUGAGUUGAGUCAAAAUAAUUUCUCUGGUUCAAUCCCUGCUUCCAUAGGAAACUUGACCAGUCUAUCCACUCUCUACCUUCAUCGAAAUAUGUUUUUUGGGUCGAUACCUCAAGAGAUAGGGAUGCUUAAAUCUCUCACUGACUUUGAGUUGGAUGAAAAUAAUUUCUCUGGUCCAAUCCCUGCUUCCAUAGGAAACUUGACCAGUCUAUCCACUCUCUACCUUUAUCAAAAUAUGUUUUCUGGGUCCAUACCUCAAGAGAUAGGGAUGCUUAAAUCUCUCACUGACUUGGAGUUGAGUCAUAAUAAUUUCUCUGGUUCAAUCCCUGCUUCCAUAGGAAACUUGACCAGUCUAUCCACUCUCUUCCUUUAUCGAAAUAUGUUUUCUGGGUCGAUACCUCAAGAGAUAGGGAUGCUUAAAUCUCUCAUUUACUUUGAGUUGAGUGAAAAUAUUUUCUCUGGUUCAAUCCCUGCUUCCCUAGGAAACUUGACCAGUCUAUCCACUCUCUACCUUUAUCGAAAUAUGUUUUCUGGGUCCAUACCUCAAGAGAUAGGGUUGCUUAAAUCUCUCACUGACUUUGAGUUGAGUCAUAAUAAUUUCUCUGGUUCAAUCCCUGCUUCCAUAGGAAACUUGACCAGCCUAUCCACUCUCUACCUUUAUCGAAAUAUGUUUUCUGGGUCCAUACCUCAAGAGAUAGGGAUGCUUAAAUCUCUCACUGACUUUGAUUUGAGUGAAAAUAAUUUCUUCGGUCCAAUCCCUGCUUCCAUAGGAUACUUGGCCAGUCUAUCCACUCUUUAUCUCUAUCAAAAUAUGUUUUCUGGGAUGAUACCUCAACAGAUAGGGAUGCUUAAAUUUCUCACUUCCUUUGACUUGAGUCAAAAUAUAUUCUCUGGUUCAAUCCCUCCUUCAAUCGGAAACAUGACAAAGCUUAUGGCGUUAAAACUUAACCAUAAUCAUUUGUUAGGGCCAAUUCCUUCAACGCUCAACAAUCUUACUCAUUUGCAGUCAUUACAAUUAGGAUAUAACCAUCUCAGUGGUCCAUUACCUGAGAAUGUAUGCAAAGGUGGACAGCUCGCAUAUCUUUCAGUUGUCAACAACAAUUUGAGGGGUCAUAUCCCACCAAGAUUGAAAAACUGCAAAAGUUUAUACAGAGUUAGGCUUGAAGGAAACUACUUCACAGGAAAUAUAUCAGAAGCUUUUGAUGUGUAUCCAAAUUUGAGUUAUAUUGCAUUAAGCAAUAACAGAUUUUAUGGUGAACUUUCUCCAAAGUGGGGGCAAUGCCAUAAUCUAACAAGCCUACAAAUCUCCAAUAACAACAUUUCUGGAAAGAUACCAACUGAGUUGAAACAUGCAACUCAGUUACAGGAACUCGAUCUCUCUUCAAAUCAUCUUGUUGGUGAGAUUCCCAAGGAAUUGGGAGCAUUGACAUUGAUGUACAAACUUUUGCUAAAUGGUAACCAACUUUCAGGCAAAAUUCCACCAGAGAUUGGAGUUCUUUCAAAUCUACAACAUCUUAACUUGGCAUCAAACAAUUUAAGUGGACCGAUUCCGAAUCAACUUGGAGACUGCUCAAAGUUAUUGGACCUGAAUUUGAGCAAGAAUAAACUUGGAGAAAGCAUUCCAUUUUCAGUAAGCUAUAUAAAUGGUCUUGAAAAUCUAGAUUUAAGUCAGAAUUUAUUUAUUGGGGAGAUACCACAACAGCUUGCAAAAUUACAUUCCUUGGAAAUAUUGGACCUUUCUCACAAUAUGCUCAAUGGUUCCAUCCCAAAUUCUUUUAAUGAUUUGAAGAGCUUGACAGUUGUGAAUAUAUCUUACAAUCAAUUAGAAGGCCCUAUUCCUAACAUUAAGGCAUUUCAUGAGGCUUCAUUUGAUGCCUUAAGAAACAAUAAAGGCCUAUGUGGUAAUGCCACUGGACUAAUGCCUUGUGCUGUCACUGCCGCUAGCAACGGUCAUAGAAAAAGCACCAAAGUCAUCAUUUUCAUUGUGAUUCCAUUCUUUGGUCUUCUUUUUCUCUUUAUCAUGGUUGGAAGUAUCCUUAUUCUUUGCCAAAAAAACCGAACCAGAAAAUCUGAGUCAAUAGGGGUACAACUUGGAGAAUUUUUCACAUUGUGGGGAUAUAAUGGAAGAAUACUCUACGAGAACAUUAUUGAAGCCACUGAAGAUUUCAGCUCCAACAAUUGCAUUGGUUCAGGAGGCUAUGGAACUGUUUAUAAAGCUGCGCUACCCAUUGGUGUGGUGGUUGCUGUGAAGAAACUUCACCAAUCUGAAGAUAGCAUGACUUCGAACAACUUGAAAGCCUUUGAAAGCGAGAUUCAUGCUUUAUCAGAUAUAAGGCAUCGUAACAUUGUGAAGCUGUAUGGCUUUUGUUCACAUCCAAAGAACUCAUUUUUGGUUUAUGAGUUUGUAGAAAGGGGAAAUUUGAGAAAGGUGUUAAGCAACAAGGACGAGGCAAUGGAGUUGGAUUGGGAGAAGAGGCUAAAUGUUGUAAAAGGAGUGGCCAAUGCCUUGUCUUAUAUGCAUCAUGACCAUUCACCACCUAUAAUUCAUCGAGACAUUUCCAGCAAUAAUGUUCUUUUGGAUUUGGACUAUGAGGCUCAUGUUUCAGAUUUUGGCACAGCCAGGCUUUUAAAGCCUGACUCUUUCAAUUGGACCUCACUUGCUGGCACUUUCGGGUAUAUAGCUCCAGAGUUGGCUUAUACAAUGAAAGUAGACGAAAGAUGUGAUGUUUACAGUUUUGGGGUGUUAACAAUGGAAAUACUUAUGGGGAGGCAUAAUGGUGAUUUGAUUUCAUAUUUACCAUCGUCAUCAUUGGCAUCGACAUCAACAUCGACAUUGAUACCAAAUGACAACCAACUGAUUUUACUUAAAGAUGUGAUAGACCAACGUCUCUCACCACCAGUAAGGCAAGUUGCAAAGGACGUAGUCUCUACCACAAAGCUAGCAUUUGCAUGCUUGAAUGGCAAUCCCCAACUUCGGCCAACCAUGCAACAAGUUGCUCAAGCCCUUAUCCGUCAAUCGCUUCCAUUGCCUAAUCCUUUCUCAAUCAUAAAAUUGGGAGAAUUAUGGGGUCAUGAAGUCUACGGUGGCUAA